GGAUUUCCUGCCUGAACAGGGGGCUGGACUAGAAGCCCUCCAAGGUCCCUUCCAACUCUGUUAUUUAUUGGUCCACUAGAUACGGCCCGAUGACAGACGCCGGAAAGAUCGUAAAAAAGGAAUGAAUCCGAGUCAAGCCAGAGUGAAGAAUACGAUUUGCUGAAUCAGCCAAAAUGCACGUCAAGGAUUUACAGCUGCUGCUGCGGUUUGCUGGCUACGCGGCGCUUUUCUUGCAAGCUCCCGAUGCACCCGCUCCGCCUCCGGCCACAGCUAGCAGCCCCAACGGCUGCUCCCCUUCCCCGACCAGGCGGGCCUUGUUCUCUCUCCUACCUCCCCGGGCGAGCCGCGUGACGCCGCGGAAGGCGAGGCCCUCCUGGGUAGCCGCCUCGCUCAAGCCCCGCCCCGCGCGCUUGGCUCGCGCUCUUCCCCUCCCCGGCGCAGGGAAGCAGUUGAAGCGGCGCCAUGGCGACCUCCGGGAGUUGCAGCGGGAGCGGCCGCCGGCCAGAGAGCGGCUCCGGGAGCAGGAGCCCGCAGCCCCAGCAGGCCGGCGGCCGGCGGUGGAAAGGCCCCGGCGCCUUAGCAACGGCCUAUCUAGUCAUUUACAACGUGGUCAUGACAGCUGGGUGGCUUGUUAUAGCAGUUGGUUUAGUCAGAGCAUACCUUGCAACGGGUAGCUAUCAUAAUCUCUAUCAUUCAAUAGAAAAGCCUUUGAAAUUCUUCCAGACUGGAGCUUUGCUUGAGAUCGUGCACUGUGCAGUAGGGAUUGUUCCUUCCUCUGUUGUUUUGACUGCUUUCCAAAUCAUGUCAAGAGUUUUUCUGACAUGGGGCAUAGCCCACAGUGUAAAAGAGGCUGUCUACAUACCUGAGUUCUUUGAACAAGUUCAUCUGUUGAGGAUGUUGUAAGAUGCAUGUGUUUCAUCUCUUGCAUAACUCUUCCCCGUGUUUUUCAAGUCUUUUAAUGAGAGACUCUUAAUAAUUUUGGUCAGAUUUUUCUUGAAGAUAAUUUUUUCUCAAACAAGACAAAGCUAUCUUAAUUUAUUUGCCAGUCUAAUGAAGGGAUUGUUUGUUUUGGUAUCAAAUAUGUGAUAGCAGAUUGUUCUUCAAAUGUUUUCUUGGAUGCUUUCUGAUGUUUAGCUCCUAAUAUUAAUUGCAUGAGUCCAAUGAUGCUUGAAGAAUGUGCUUGUUCUUAUUACUAAGAUAAUAACAUUGUUAGCUUGUCCUGUCUCUCCCCCCCCCCUUUUAACACUUGAAAUUGAAGAAAAAACCUGCCGCUCUUUAAUUUAAAUCCUGUUUUCUUACUUUUCAUUAGGGAGGAUAAAAAUGAUUCAAAGAUAGGGAUGCCUUGUGUGAUUUCCCUUUAAAUAAGUAUGGCAAGCAAUUAAAGUCAAAAGCUUGUCAUGCCAGAUUGAAAACAAUGUGCCAGCACUCAAAGGUAUUGCACACCAGUAGUUAAGCAGGCUUGAUUAUAUUUUGUUUUCUUGGAAGUGUCAGGCAUUGCUUAACUUUAAUAUCUUUACAUUAUUCUCAUAAUCUUUAGUUCGUGGGGAAAAAACUUAGUGUCCAGUACUCCAAAGCUUUUAUUCAGAACACUCAUAUGUCAUUAGCUUUCUGCAUAUUGACUUGAUGGGCAAUUUAUGAUUCAUGGGGCAGAAUGAACCCAGCGGAUCUUAUGAUUUUUAAAAACAGAGUAGAGAUUUCACUGAUUUAGUCUGGCUCAGGGGUAUCAAAAUGCCGGCCUGUGGGCAGGAUGCAUCAUAGCAAAACCACGCCCACCCCAUUGCCGGCAAUGGCAAAAAAGUCAUGAUACAUCACGACAUGUCACGUGACAUUGCGAGUUUGACACCCCUGGUCUAGCUUAAUCUACACCUUUACAGCUAACCUGCUUAGCAAAACAAAUAUCACUUGGUAUUGCUGAAAGACUCAAAAAGCAAGUGAAUUUCCCUUUCAGAUGUUAUUGAUCAAAACCUGAUAGUCUGCAAUGCUAAGAUUAUUGAUGAUUUUGGGGGGGGGGAGUUAAUGAGCUGAUGGUAGCAGAAUAUGUUUGCAGCUCUCUUGAUGAAGGAAAUCACCUGAACUUUUUCAUUCAGGAUACUGCUUCCAGGUUUGGUAUGGAGGCAACAAUUGCCACUCUCUUAGAAGACCUUUGUCAGGACUUGGAUGGUGGUAAUGUAUCCCUCCUGGUUUACUGGACCCAGCAGCAGUUUUUGAUACUCCAACUAGUAUGCUAUUUGUGACCCUACCUGCAGCAGGAGGGCCUAAAUAGAGCUUAUCACCAUCCAGAUGGAUUGAAGGACUAUAAUGCACUCUUGGGCCUUAAAGACUACUUUAAGUUGGUCCAAAGUUGGUCUAAAACGCAGCAGGCUGUAUACUUCCUAUCUUCCAGUAUCAUCAGCAAAUAAGACCAGUUUUGCCAAUAGUUUUCCAGAUACAAUUUAAGAUGCUAGUUUCAACUUACAAAGCCCUUUAAUAUUUGGUACCCAAUAUCUGUAUGAUCACCUACUCCCACCAAUACUGGCCCGGCUGAUCAGAUAAAAAGAGAGUGAUUGUUAUUUAUCACACAUUUUUGAGAAUGGGAGGGCUCUGCCUUUCUGUGACAGCACCAACACUGUGGAACAGCUUUCCAGUAGAGAUCAGGUUAACCCCCUCCCAGUUGACAUUUUGGAAGCUACUAAAGAUAGAAUUGUUCCAGUGAUCCUUCCCCUGAUUUUAUCAUGCCCUUGGAACCUACUAUUUUUAUUAUUUUCAUUCUUAUAUUUGGUACAGUUUUAUUGUUCUUAGAAGUUGUGCUAUGGGUGUUUUAACUGGUUUGUGUAAGCCACCAAAUGUUUUGAUCAAGGCAGAAUAGAAAUAAGAACAAUAAGUAAAUAUGUUUACAUUUUGAUUAUUGUUUUUCUUUAUUUCUGCAACAGUAAAGAAUGAAUUUCCUUCUUAGGACUAUUUUUGAAAGAAAGAAUAUUUGUGUAUCUGACAUUGGAGAGAAAUAAAAUCAGCUAUUGGUUGUGGAUGUAGGGAUAGCUGUGUUUCAUUUUAAGCUAUGAAUUAUUUGUUAGUGUAACAGCAUUAAUUAUUUAUAAUAGCUCUAAUAUGCUAUUAGUUUUGAAUGAUGCUGAAAAUAGUUUUCCAGUCAUUAGCCGAUCUUGAGUAGCCAUUGUUUUAGUUCAUUAUUUUUGUCAUUGGAAAAGUGGAAUGUAAAACAGUGUUCAUCAUAUGUCCAGUAGGUGGCAGUAGGUGACGUAAGAUGUACUCCAUUAACAAAAUACUUCGGGUAUAAUGAGAGCCUGAUAUGAUAUGAAAUGUACUGCCUGCAGUCUUGUAUGAAUUUUUUUUAAAAAAAAAAAAUAGCACAGAGGGAAAGUUUAAGUGCAAAUAAAAGCUUUUUCAGUAAUUACUAGUAACAUGAGGAUAUCAAGUCUCUUCUCCCUGCAUGAUGCAAAGGUAAUACAGUGAUAGUACAAUUGACGUAUUUAAUAGUACAAGAAAUUAGAACCUGUAAUUUGUUAAUUUAAUAUUGUUUCUGAAAAUGCAGGUGUCUCCUUAAACCGAAGUUUCUUUUUGUUGUUAACAGCAAUGUCAUUGAUAACAAAAUAUUGAUUACUUUAGCCAGAGUACUCUUUUGACCAUCACAAUGGUAGAAUCAUUGAGUGUUCUUCUCUAGCACAGAAAUCAAUCUUAAAGCAUUGUUCUUUAUUCAAACAUUAUCGCAUGGUUACUUAGAUGAUGUCAUUUGAACUAUUCUUUUUAUAGAGAGAACUGUCCCAUCUAUCUCAUCUUAUCUGCCCUGGUAAAGUCCAUAUAAUGGAGUCUUGUCUGCAUCGGCCAAUUUUUACCUUAAAACACUCAUCAACCCAAUUU